UUCCACCGGAUUGAGGAGCAGUGCCUAGAAGUUACCGCAGCUAAAAAUGGUAGGAACCUGUGAUCACAGUCAGCGGUAAAAUAGUCAUUUCAGGCUUUGAUUUGUCGUUCCAGUGUCGUCUUCGUCUCCUAUUCUACUUCUAGUCCGUUUUGCUGCAUUCAACUGGUGAAGAGGAUCUCAAGCGACGCUCUGGAGAUACAGAGCGCAGGAGAAUCGUAGAGCUAUCGGCGCAAUUGAGGGCAUUUUGUUCGUCGGUUUGGUGCCGCAUCAAGCUCCAUUAUGACAUCGUCAAUUCACGGUCUCUCAGAUAAUGGCGAGGCUGACGAAGAGCAAAAGCAUGCAGAGACCCCAUUGCAGCAUAUGUCUCCAGUCAAUGGGUUUCCUCAUACUGGGAUUGCAUCACCCACAAUGCAGUAUGCAGCACCUGCUCAAAUUGGAGUUGGAAAUGCACAAACAGCUUACCCCUAUCCGGAUCCAUACUAUAGAAGUAUAUUUGCUCCUUAUGACACAAGGCCUUAUGCCGCGCAACCUUACCCUGUGCAGCCUAUGUUGAUGGGGAUGCAGCAAGCUGGUGUUCCUUUGCCAUCAGAAGCAGUUGAUGAGCCUGUUUUUGUUAAUGCUAAGCAGUAUCAUGGCAUUUUACGGCGUCGGCAAUCUCGCUUAAAGGCAGAAUCCGAAAAGAAACAAUCCAAAUCUCGAAAGCCAUACUUGCAUGAAUCUCGACAUUUGCAUGCAGUUCGAAGAGCACGAGGUGUGGGAGGUCGAUUCGAAAAAAAGAUUGACAAACAGAAACAAGAAACACAGCCAAGUGAGGAAUCACAGAAUAGCAGUGGAUGCGAUGACCCUACAAGAGUGUCCCCUGAAGGUCUAGCAUAAUCUAAACCAGAUGUAAAAUUGUAUAAAGAUGAGUUGCUCAACAAAUGAAGCCAUAGUGCAGAAUCGACCGAUUAUGGAUUUCUAGUUACCCGGCCCGGGUUA